GAGCCGGCGCAGUCUGCGCGGCGCUGUCGCCCUCGCGCUCCCGCUGCCCGGCCCGCGGCCGGCGGACUUUGCGGAGGGCCCCCGGCGUAGGCGGCGACGGGUGUGGGCCGAGCCGGUAUUUAUAGCUCGGUGACAGCUGCGGUGGCAGCGACGCCGCCGGCCCGUCUCGCCGCGCUUCCCAGCGAGGCCGCGGGCGCGGCGGAGGGCUGCGCUCCACCGGGUCUCCCGAGUGCGGACGCCCCGAGCCCGCGCGGCCCCCUUGGUAAACUACGGAAUUGAAGUUUUGAAGGAUGGGUAAAGACUUCCGUUAUUAUUUCCAGCAUCCCUGGUCUCGGUUGAUUGUGGCUUACUUGGUGAUCUUCUUUAACUUCUUAAUAUUUGCGGAGGACCCAGUUUCUCAUAGCCAAACAGAAGCCAACGUUAUUGUUGUUGGAAACUGUUUUUCAUUUGUAACAAAUAAAUACCCUAGAGAAGUUGGCUGGAGGCUUUUGAAGGUGCUUCUAUGGCUCCUUGCCAUUCUCAUAGGACUAAUAGCUGGCAAAUUUCUGUUCCAUCAGCGUUUGUUUGGUCAGUUGCUUCGGUUAAAAAUGUUUCGAGAGGAUCAUGGAUCGUGGAUGACAAUGUUCUUCAGCACAAUUCUCUUUCUCUUCAUAUUUUCUCACAUAUACAACACGAUUCUUCUAAUGGAUGGGAACAUGGGAGCGUAUAUCAUUACAGACUAUAUGGGCAUCCGAAAUGAAAGUUUCAUGAAAUUAGCUGCAGUAGGGACCUGGAUGGGGGACUUUGUCACAGCUUGGAUGGUCACUGAUAUGAUGCUUCAGGACAAGCCCUAUCCUGAUUGGGGAAAAUCUGCAAGAGCUUUCUGGAAGAAAGGAAAUGUUAGGAUUAUUUUAUUCUGGACGGUUCUUUUCACUCUGACAUCUGUGGUUGUACUUGUCAUUACAACUGACUGGAUCAGCUGGGACAAGCUGAAUCGGGGAUUUUUGCCCAGUGAUGAAGUUUCCAGAGCCUUUCUGGCUUCUUUCAUCUUGGUCUUUGACCUCCUUAUUGUAAUGCAGGACUGGGAAUUCCCACAUUUCAUGGGAGACGUCGAUGUAAAUCUUCCUGGUUUGCACACGCCUCACAUGCAGUUCAAGAUUCCUUUCUUCCAGAAGAUCUUCAAGGAGGAAUAUCGUAUUCACAUAACAGCUGUUCCAAGUUUCGACUGAGUGGCUACAGCAGUGAGGGGAAGGACAAUGCUACCUUCACAGAGGAGAAAAGGAAAUAAAUCAAUAGGGAUCCUGCUUCAGUUGAUUCUCUCCUCUCUGCACUUCCCCACCUCCCAACACGAUCUGUCUGCAGAGGAGGGAAGAAUCUAUCUGCUUCCAAAUUUGUGUGUAUAAAAGACCUUGUCUCUGGACUAAUACUACUGCAAGCUGUAGACAAAUUACAGUUGCUAAGGAUUUUUAACAAGUUAAAUAUGGUGAUUCAGAAAGCAUAUUUAUAUAUAACUAUACACUGGAUCCUCUUGGAUAAUUAGUCCAGUGAUAUCUACCCAGUAAUGUCAGUGCUUAGUAAUUUAUUCUGUUUUAUCCAAACUGAAACAUUUAGGAUAUAUCUUUGUUACAAAUCCUUACACACUCUUCUCUCUCUCUUUUCUAUCACUAAGAUCUUGUAUUAACUGGAUUGAAGAAGUAGAAGGAAGAAAUGGCAGAAAUAACACUACCCUACAUUUUUGGCAAACAAUGCAUCUCAGAGAACUUUUAAAUAUAACCUCUCAUUUUAUCCUAACAAUAAUCCUUUGAAGUGGGUAUGUUGGUAUUAUUCUCCAUUUCAUAGAACAAAAAAUUGAAUAGUUAAUAAGUAGAAGGAUUUGGGGGAAGAGGACAGAAUCAUAGAACUGGGAGGCAUCUAGUUCUGUUUCCUCAAUUUGAAAAUAAAAUUGCUGAGAUCUGGAGAGGUUAAACAAGUUACCCAAGGUUGUAUUAUUUAAGAUGAGUAUUAGAUCUCCAUCUGCUGAUGUCCAGCCUGCAGUUUUUGUCACUAUGGUACUCUCUCUCACAAAUCAGUAAAGAUGUGUUACAGCAGGGUGAUGGUAUCCCUGUCAGGCAACACAUUCUUAAUGCAUGUCUCCUUCGUCCUAUCUAAAUAUUCAGACACCAGGUCAUGUGAGAAGCAACAUAAUGCGAUCCUUUAGUGUGACAGUUUAGUGGUCAAACUGACCCAGCACCAUUCAACUUGGGUAGAGAAAAUAAUUUGAAAAAAUCCCCUUCUAUCCUCAGGGUUCCUUCAGUUUGAUCGCUGUACAUUCACUAUCACUUUUAUUCUCUGGUUUUAUUUUUUUCCUUUGACUAUUAAACAUUCCCUGAGCAUCUUCUCCCCACCAGGAAAGCACCCUUCUCCAAGCUCCAUGAGCAUUCCUGUUUUUCCUCGCUGAUUCCACGAUGCUGUUAAUGUUCAGUUUCUGACGUCAUUACCCUGGAAACAGGACCCUUUAUGAAGGACUGCUCUGUUCAUGAGUUUAUAAAAGUGACUAAGAGAGGAUACAUAUUUUUCCAAGGGACCUUUAUGAGUCAAGAAGGUGAUGGUCAGUCACACAAGUCCAAGGACCUCUUCCCCUCACCAUCCAGUCUGGCUUUAUAACCCGUGUAGGUUACAACAAGGGAAUAAGUAUGGAUCUUCUACAACAAAGAAGUAUCCAAAGCCCCUCUCCCAACUGCUUCUAUCACAGAAGCUACAAAUUAGUGCCUCCGAGAUACUGAAUGAUAAUCCCUGAACUUUUAUAUAUCACCUGUCUCUCAUUCUGGUUGGCCUUUUUUUCCUAUGAUAUUCUCCAUUCUUUCCCUUCUCUCUCCCCUCAGACCCUCUCUUCCACAUUACCUGAUCUUUUUCUGUAUGUUAUUCUAUCUGCAGCAAAAUAAAAGCAUAUACUAGAAAGAAACAUAACAUUUUCCAAACCGUUCCCUGUCUUGCUUUUCUUUCUGGGACCACAUGAAUUGCUAUUUCCUUCAAAAUCUUUUCUGCAGAAAUUAGCCCUCAGUUUUUAUUCCGUUUUCUCAAUAUCUGCAGCAUUAAUGGUUUGUAUCACUCCUUUGGCACCUCUUAAAUGUGGCCUCUUAUUAUUAUUUAUCUGUUGAUGUCUGUUUUCUAUUUCCCCCAUAAGAUGAUGAGUUCCUUCCCAGAAGGCAGUAGCAUAUGUCUUCAGCAUCUACUAAGGUACCCUCCACAGAGUCUAUUCUGAGCACAAUAAAUGUUUGGUAAUGACGCUCACCUUUGUAUUUGAAUUUCUCUGGCUUGAGCUUUCUUAAUUUGUUGUAUGGUUGAUUCUGUUUUCGUUUUGAAGAUUCAAGAGGGCAGGAGUGGUUUGAACUUAACAGUACCAGAUGUUAUAAACAUUUUAUCAUAUCUGGAAAAGUUUCCAAUGUUCUAUCGUACUUUGCAGUUUGGGUGUGCCAAAUAAAUCAUUCAGGCAAGAGCUUCCAUUACAAAUAUUAUAAACCCUGUAUAGUUGAAUGAUUUCAGGACAGGCAGAGUUAUAAUUUCCCUUCAUAUGAUUUAUAUAAAUUCUCUUCAUAGAGAAGAAGUUGCACCUUCCCAUGCAAAUGAAGACAUUAUCAUGACUUAGGCAAGGCUUUGAUGAUAAUAAUAGUAACAAUUACUGAGUUCCUAUUAUGUACCAGGCAUUGUGCUUAGUAUCUAAUAAUCUCAUGAAAUGCUAACAGCUUAAUAAGUACUGUUAUUUUCUGCUUGUAAAGAAAUUGGAGUUUAGAGAAGUUAAACAACUAACCCAAGGUCACAUAGCCAGUAGGUUUGGGAGCCAGUCCCGGAUUAAAGUUCUUCAACCUUGCAUAUAAUAGGAGAUUGAAAAUGUGUAAUGACGAUGAUAAAAUACUUUCUUAAACUCCUUACAAAGUUAUAUUUUUAUAGAGCUAUGUGUUCUAUUGGAGUACAUAUUUAAAAAUACAUUUUUACCAAUCUUAGUUUAAGAAGUUUGCCCAAGAUCCUAUCUCUCAUGUGAAGCAGUAACUUAAUAAUGUUCACUAUCACUAUUUUUAAAUACAAAAUAAAAUAAUUUUGACAUAACACAUAUAAUUAUAACUAAAACUUUUAGAACCUGUUAUAAAUAUCACAUAAUUUUGCAAAACUAUGAGCUGAGUAUUACUAUAUUAUUAUGACACACUAAAACUUGGAAUAAAUUAUAAUAAAAAUUAUAAUGGAAUCUAGUAUCCCUUGAAAUUUUUUCAACAUUCUUUCCAUUUAAAGAUGCAAAGGUUUCACUAGGUAGUAUGUCUCUAAAUAAUACCUUAUUUAUGUAAGAUUUUUAAAUACUACAAAGAAGUCAUAAUAAUUACAGUCUCUCCAAAUCAUGUCUUCUACAGCUAUGGUUAUAUUUAUAUGUCUGAUAAAUGGAUUCUGUUCAAUGAGAAUUUGAUGCAAUUAUUUUUAAAGUCUUGAAAUGAAUGCUCAAGGAUUAUUGAUCUGAAUCACAUCAACUAAUAGUUUAAUCAACAGGUCACCUACAAAGAGCAAUGUGAAUUCAAUUGAUAUACUGCUGUGCUUGCAUUGCAAAAUGAUUUAUUUCUUUCCCUGGCUUAAUUAUAAAACUGUAAGAGAUAGUCAAUCAUACGUUGGACUUUUCUUAAGAAUUUCAUCAGAACUUUGUUUUUAAACCUUAAUUAAAUUGUUCUAUAGAAUAACCUACAUGGAACCAAAUUUGAGUAUAACUGUGGUGCCUUAAAAACCAGGAGACUUAAUCUAGAAAGUGUAGUUACCAUAAAUUACUGGCUCUGGGAUCUACAGUUACAUUUUCACAUGCCUAGAAUCCAUUUAGGAAAUCCCCAUUGCCAAUUCACUUAAUGGCAGCAUAACACUCUCAAAAAAUUUUUAGCAGGUCUAAAAUAUUAACAAUUUAUGCUAUAAUACCAGUAUCUCCAUUUUGUAGGAGAAAACUCUAUUGCAGUUUUAUAGGUCUUUGACUAAUAUGCAGUAUUUC